AUGGACAACGGAACCUCGGCAACGGACAUCAUUACCUACAUUGGUGUUCCCCUUGCAGUGCUCGGUGUGCUUCCAAUUCUAUACACGUCUUCUCGGGCUCUCUGGACACAGCGAUCGAUCCGGUCAACAUUGAAAAGACAUGGACUGCUCGAGUCAGCAUUUACACGCGUCAGUCUAAUCGGGGGUAUCGUCGAGGUGGAGCUACCACGAUGCAGCGUCACCCCGCUCGACCGCGAGUCAGACGCCGAUUACUGGAAAUUGAACGCGCUUCAUGUGCCAUUGAAAGGCGGCGGUUGGUCGCUCUUCCACUGGAACCGCCUUGUCACGGGAAAAGUUCUGUGUCGCUGUCAAUUCAAAGACGAAUUGACCAUUCCCCAGGCGGAUGUUGAUUUCGAAGAUCUUGUUGCCUUCUUGCUUGAUCGGGGGGCUGUUCCGGAUGCACAUGGAUGGCAUAUUCUGAGAACGGUUGGUCUCUGGGCGCCGCCUGGUACUGUUAUCCUACGACCGCCGCAAGGUAUGUCUGGGGCGGUUCUUGCUGUUGCGCCUCCUGAUGACUCGGAUGGCGUGUUGAGUUUGCAGGCCAAUUGGAAGGAGCAAUGGGAUUUGAGGAACUCGAAUAGCUUGCCUCCUUUCUGGAUGAGACUCGAGCAGCCGAGGUUUGGCAAGGUGGACGGCGACGAAGAGACCACUCUUAAAUCGAUACCUGGAGCGAAGGAUCUUGCCCGGCCUGAAACUGGACAGUCCAAGCCACUGAGUCGGCAAAAUACACUUGUGGCCGAAACAAUCGCCGAGUCUAGCACAGAUUCUAGCACAGAUUCUACCUCCUCAAAGCCGGUGUCGCUUCUCGCCGAGAUCGAGCGAUUGAAAGCUCUGGCUACAGAAUCCGAUUUUGACAGUGUUCGAUUCAAGAUCGAUCAAGAACAUGUCAAGCGUGUACUCUUCGAGAGCAAUGGUAGCUCGACCGGCGAGCAGCAAGACUUAACCCGUUUCGGAGAUACCUUUGAUCUUUGGUUCGCCUGUGCUGCAUCCGCCUUAACCCAAGAUGGAUAUUCGGGAAUCUGGAACUUCGCCAUCCCGAGCAACAUCUCAAAAUUCACCCGCCAAAAGUCCGUCCCCUGUGGCGUGAUGGUUGUACUGGGCCAUUUAAACGAAGAUAACGUUCCACCAUGGGCAUCACCGCCCCCACCACUCGGCGAAUCCCACGUUGACAUCCAAGCACGAAUGCAAGAGGACAAUCUCGCCCGACGACUCGAAAGCACCAUGCCGCCCGCCCAAGCCGCAGAGGCAAGACAAGUCCGCAUGCUACGCGAGUCACAACGUUUUCACAAUGGCCACAUCAAGAGAAUGCACGCGCAUGAGGAGUAUCAGGAACGACGACUUGUUGAAGCUAUCCAGUCACCACGGCUUGAUAACCUGGUCAUCGCCCAAGCAAAUCUUGCCUAUCUUAUUGGUGAAGAGAUCGUUCCUUGCGAUUACACUUUAAAUGAUUUGGCGCAGGCUGUGCUGUAUCUUAUGAUUCUUGAUGAAGGCCAGGCGAAGCUUAUUGCUGAUAUCCUGGAGAGAUGGAUGUUGUGGUGUCAGUUUGGUGGAAUGCAGAAGGUGCAGCUUACCUUGUUGAUGGAGAAUAAGGUUGCUUUUUGUUAUGCUUCUGCGUUGGUGGCUGUUGUGCAAAGGGCGAAUUCGGGGAAUGGGAAUUUGUCUUCGGAUAUGCUGGCUUGUAUGAGAGCGUGGAGGAGAGUGAGGUUGGGGUGA